CCGAGGGCCUGCAACAUGGGGCGAGCACUGCAGAGCUGCCAGGAUCUAUUGGCACAUGCUGUGUGCUGCUGCUUGGUGCAGCUGCUUCCUGCUUGGGGCGUGCAGUUCCAUGUCCCCAGCGGUGUCACUGGAAGGCCAGGUUUUGCUUAGGCUGGUUGCUGUGCUGGCAUGGAUUUGAUUUUUUGCUGCCUCCUUCUGGCCAUCAGUGUCAGCUGCCUGCAGUGAUUGUGGUUUGUUUGUUUGUUUAUUUCUUCUGAAUCUAAAGAGUAGCCUGAUCUAAUGAGCUGAGCCAGCUUCCUCUUUUGUACAUGAUAUGGACAGUGCAAAGCUGGAGUGACCCUUGGAUCCUCACGAAGCUGCGUGUGGAGGUGAUGUGCCCUGAUGGAGGCAGGAAGGCAAAAUGGUUGACUUUUCCCCUCUCAUCCUCGAGCAGUUUGGCAAAAGCUGCUGGAAUUCCAGGUUAAUGGAGAAAAUCACUUUAUGCUGAAGCCUUGGCCAUCUGCUCACUUUCUAAUUACAAGCACUGUGGGUGUGAUCCGUGUUAGUGCCCUUGGCCAGGAGUGAUGAGAGCAGCCCCUCGGGCCUGUGCCCUGGUUGAGAUGAGGAGCAGAGUUGAAGUGGGGAGAGCUCCCUGCCCCAGACUGAAUAGGAAAGCCUGGGGCUACACACAGGUUUGUAAGCAAGAUGCCUUCCUUGGAUCGGUGAAAUGCAUAUGGAGCCAGGCCACUUGUGCUUAGACUGAGGCAGGGCAGGAAGCAGCUGUUGCUCCAGCAGCUCUGAUGGCAUGCACUGUCAGAAGAUGCUGCUUUCUUUUAUGAGAGCAUCCCUGGGCUACCAGCAUGCAGUGUGCCCUGGCCUUGCCCAGCCUUCCCUGCUCGGCGCCUGCUCACUGUUGCUUGGCUGAGCUGGGCUGCAGAUACCUUGGAGAGAAGGAACUCGUGCCAAGUUUGCAUUCGCAGCACUUCCAUCUUGGCUCCCUUUCCAACACACGAGCUCUGCUGCCAAAGCCGCUGCUCUGAAGCUGCAGCAUUCCUGUGCUACCCAAGUGUUUGGUGUUGGGAGUGGAGUGGUGGCUGAGAAGAGUUGUCCCUUUAAACACUGGGUCCAGAGAGGGUAAUCUGCCAGGGAUUAUCUCAUGGGGAGAGGAUUGGCAUCAAGAGGAGUCUCCUCCCUCUCCUGGGCCCUACAGCAUGUUGUGCUGUGUAUGGAAACCAAGUUCACUUUCUCCUUGGCAGUGUUUGGGGGUGAGGGGAGGAGAGCAGUGCUUGCACUAUGGGGCUGGGUCUCCUCUUCCUCACCAUGCUGGCCACGCUGGUCUCCUCUGAGCACCCAGAAGGAGACCUGGAUACCUACUGGUCCGGCACUGCACCCAUCUGCAUGGGGGGCUGCAAGGGGAAGCAUAAGGAGCUGAAGAGGAGCCAGUGUGGGAACGGCAGCUGCUGCUGGCUGGGCUACAAAUCCUUCUGCCGAGUGAACUGCGGGAGGCCCGAGGCAGACUUCAACUCAGUGGUGCAUGGCAAUGACUGGUGGGUGGGCUCUGUGGUGCGCUACAGCUGCCGGCCCGGCUUCAUGCUGCUGGGGGACCCGGCCAGCGCCUGCCAGUCUGACGGCCACUGGACGCCCAAGCCCACCUGCCUCCGUGAGUACAGUGGGGUGGGAUGGCUGUUGCUGUCCCAGCAGCCCACCGUGGGGAAAAAGGGGCUGGUGGCUACACUGGGGACGUGCUCCAGACCUGCUCCUGCAGGGAUCUGCCUGCGAGGCCGGAUCGAGAUCAGCGAGCGGGACAUCAGCGGGAGCUGCUCGUCAUCCUGCAGCACCCAGAACCACCUGGGAGCCUCCCUGCGCCACGGCUGCAUCAAGAUCUCCUCCUGCAGCACCAAACGCUCGGGCUGGGUGCGCUGGUUCCUGCGCUGCGACGUCUGCGAGUGCGACUGCCACGUGCCCUGCGGGGAGACCCAGUAGCAGCGCCCACCUCCGAUUCUCCUGGCAGAGCUGAGCCUUCUGCACUGAGGUCUGCUGGCCACGCAUCUCCGGUGCUGGGCUCUUCCUUUCCAUAAUUUCUAUCCAUCCUGAAGCUGUCAUCUGGGAGAAGAGUUUUGGGACUUGCUGCCUUUCUGCGUGGCCCCAUCACAUGGCAUGCAGGGAAUGCUGUGGGCAGCAGGAGCAGGGCAGCUGCAUUGAGGACUUGGAGACCUCCGCGUCUCCUGCUGGCUGCUCCCUAGAGAAGGCUCACAUCCUCUUCUAGCAGGCAGGCAGCACUUUGCCUGUCCUGCAGGCUGCCAUUUCUCUCUGCUAGUUAUUUCCUGCCCCUGUGUGCAGUCAGCAGGGCUGUCCUGCUGCUCCAUCUGUGCAGGCAGGGUGUGGGGGCUGCUGUGCAUGGUGCCUGCAGGCUGGGGCUGCUCCUUCCUGCAGUGUGUGAUUUGCUCUGACACCCCCCCCAAUCCUCCCCAGGGACAUCUCUGGGUAGCUGAUGCCUUGCAGCCAGAACAGGUAAGGACACAAGACCCCUCCUUGGUCCUGGGUUCCCUGGGAUCCCAGCCCUGAGCCCUUCAUUCUGUCCCAUGUGCCCUCGUGUCCCACUGUCAUGAUGGUCUCUGGGUGCCACCUGCUCCGCAGGGACACCCUGGAUCCCUCUGAAGCAGCAAUGGAAGAACCAAAAUUGUUAUUCCCUGGGGAGGAAGAGGGGCAGGAGCAUGUGUAAUGGGAUCAGCAGGGGAAACGGGCCCAGCACCACCACCACUGUGGGUAACUAAAAAAAUUGUUUACAGGCAAUGACACAGAUUUGCAGUUAUGCAUGGAGGUUCUGCUGCCUGCUCCGUCCCCACAGCCCCACACAGAGAGGGCAGCUGCUCUCUCAGCUCCAGCUGUAAGCGCCCUGGGUCAGGAGGCAGCAUGCUGAAAUGGCUUUGGGAUGAGCCCAGCACCUCUCCUGCUCCACGAGGAACUGACUGCAGGCCUCGCUGUGGGGCUGACUCUGAUGUUGCACCCUCUGUCUGAAUCCCAUUCCUAAAGGGCUGGAUCUCUGCCCCCAGCUCUGUCCCAGCCCCCCCGAUCCGGCUGUGAGAGAGGAAAGAUUUCCUUAGCUCACCAGAUGGGUAUUUUAAUUAAUACUGUUGUUAGUGUCACUCAUUUCCAUAUGGCUUUCAUGUUUAAGUGCUGUGGUGGGUGAGAGGUGUGAGCGACAGCGAG